AGUCGCUUUGGCUCAAGCGCUCUGGGCUCAGUGCAUACGGCGACAGUUCAGGGAAAGCGUAGCAGCCAUGGGGCGCAUGUACGGCAAGGGCAAGGGCAUCUCGUCAUCGGCGGCGCCGUACCGUCGCAGGCCCCCGACGUGGCUGAAGAUGAAGAGCGAGGACGUCGUUGACCACAUCUGCAAGCUGGCCAAGAAGGGACUAACGCCCUCGCAGAUCGGCGUCACGCUGCGCGACAGCUUCGGCGUCCCGCAGGUGAGAUACGUGUCCGGGAACAAGAUCCUCCGCAUCCUGAAGCUCAACGGGAUGGCCCCGGAGCUGCCGGAGGACCUGUACUACCUGAUCAAGAAGGCCGUGGCCAUCCGCAAGCACCUGGACAAGAACCGCAAGGACAAGGACUCCAAGUUCCGCCUCAUCCUCGUGGAGAGCCCAUCCACCGCCUGGCGAGGUACUACAAGCGCGUGAAGUCGCUGCCGGCCACGUGGAGGUACGUCUCGGCCACUGCCUCCACGCUCGUGGCGUGAGCCCGCGAGCCGCAGAGCUGGCCUGAGGCGCGCGGGCACGGCCGCGGCGCGUGGGCGUUGGCCCCCUCCCCGUGUGCCCGCGGAGGAGGCAAGGGCGCUCCUCGUCCUCCUCCUGCUGGUGCUCUCAUCCCUGAAGACAUGAAGGCGUGAUGUCGACUCGCGCAACAAGCACGCGAACACGGAGGAG